AUGAUUUGGAAAACAAUUUUGGUUGCCUUCCUCGCCGUCGGUGUUCUCGCCGAAUACAAGAUCACCGAUGAGCAACGUGAACAAUAUAAGAAAUUUAUUAAGGAAGCGUGCACAAAGAACGGUGCUGAAGACAAGGUGGACGCUGUAGAGGAAACAGUCAGAACCUUUGUGGACUGCGUAAAAAGUAUGUUUGAUGUUGAUACUAUUAAAAAUGAGAUCGAAGAGGCCAAACCUAGAGGUGCACUUGAUGAGGUAUUCAAAAAGUACUGUGCAAAGUCUCCUCAACUAAAGACCUGCUUGCACACCUUCACAGCGGGCAUAUCACCUUGUUUGGACCCCGUCAUACGAGAACACAUUGGCGCCGCUGAUAACACCACAGACCAGUUCAUCGACUUCGUAUGUCAUAAGGACGGUGACAGAAUAGCUCUGUUCAUUGCGGAAAGCGGACCCGAAUGCUUGAAAGAAAAGGUCGGACCUAUCCGCGAAUGCGGCACAAAAUUAAUGCAAAACGUCAAGAGCGUCGAUGACGCUAAGAAAUUGACACUAACCGAGCAAUGUGCUAAGUACGAUGAGUUUACAGCUUGCACAGUGAAGGCGCUGGAGGAGUGCUCUACCCCCACCCCCGGCAACAUGGCGGAAUCUCUCUUUAGAUUUGUACGCAAAACUUCCCCUUGCAAUAAGAAC